UAUAUUUUAGCUAUUAAAAACAUGAGAAGCAAAUGAAUACAAUCCUCCUCAUUCAGAAGAUGUAACUGUUCGACAUAUCCCACCUCCCACUCCCCAACCACUCCUAAAGCCUUUUCUUUUCCCAAUUCUCCCUUUCAUUUCCUUCCCUUGUUUCUGCUUCUGCUGCAGGAUUUGUGUCUGGAACGGAUCCCUGAGGCAGGUCAGUGUUUUCCUGAAUCCAGUCAAAGGCAGCAGCCAAGGUGGAUGAUGGAGGACAGCGAAGGAAAGUCUCCCUCAAUGAGAGAGGGAACAAGGACUGGGUCUGUAAGUAGAAGUAGAAGAGCAUCUUUUCCUCAAGAGGAACUCAGAAUAGCAUCUGCAGAAGUACAUCAGGUAGGGGGCAGGCCCUCCAGCAAGCCAAGAAAGGCGCAGGCGGUGUUCUGCUGUCGAUUUAACCACCCUGUGGUUCUCACAAAAUCUUGUUCUUUCCCUUUGCUUGCAUCCAACGUGUUACUUCAAAGAGCCUGUAGAUAUCAUCCAAUAAGAAUUUCAAGUUUUAGAGCAGUCUGAAACAAUAUUUUUGUUGUUCUCCAGGUGACUUUUGAGGAGGUGGCUGUGGAUUUCACAGAAGAAGAGUGGGCUCUGUUGGACCCAGGCCAAAGAGCCCUUCAUCAGAAGGUGAUGGAGGAGAAUUUGGAACGCCUGUCCUCUCUGGGAAGCACUUGUGGAAACAAUUCCUCGUCAUCCAAGUGUUUGGAGGGGAAAAAAAGAUUCAGUCAAAAGGCCUUCCUCUCCCGUUACCAAUCAGAUCACACAAGGAAGAAACCAUUUCAUUGUUGGAUAUGCCGAAAGGGUUUCAUUUUGAAGAGUUUCCUUCUUUGUCAUCAAACAACUCACGCCGGGAGGAAACUAUUCAAAUGCCUGAAGUGUAGAAAAGAGUUUAUUUGGAAGUCACACCUCACUCGGCAUCAAGCAACUCACACUGAGGACAAUCCAUUCAAAUGCCUGGAGUGUGGAAAAGGCUUUAUUCAGAAGGCAGACCUCACUCGGCAUCAAGCAAUUCACAUGGGGGAGAAACCAUUCAAAUGCCCAGAGUGUGGAAAAGGCUUUAUUCAGAAGGGAAACCUCACUCAGCAUCAAGCAACUCGCACUGGGGAGAAACCAUUCAAAUCCCCAGAAUGUGGAAAAGGUUUUAUUCAGAAAGCAAACCUCACUCAGCAUCAAGCAACUCACACUGGGGAGAAACCAUUCAAAUGCCCAGAGUGUGGAAAAGGUUUUAUUCAGAAGGUAAACCUCACUCGGCAUCAAGCAACUCACACUGGGGAGAAACCAUUCAAAUGCCCAGAGUGUGGAAAAGGCUUUAUUCAGAAGGCAGACCUCACUCGGCAUCAAGCAACUCACACUGGGGAGAAACCAUUCAAAUGCCCAGAGUGUGGAAAAAGCUUUUUUCGGAAGUCAGUCCUCACUCAGCAUCGAGCCAUUCACACUGGGGAGAAACCAUUCAAAUGCCCAGAGUGUGGAAAAAGCUUUAUUCAGAAGGGAAACCUCACUCGGCAUCAAGCCAUUCACACUGAGGACAAUCCAUUCAAAUGCCUGGAGUGUGGAAAAGGCUUUAUUCAGAAGGCAGACCUCACUCGGCAUCAAGCAAUUCACACUAGGGAGAAACCAUUCAAAUGCUUGGAGUGUGGAAUAGGUUUUAUUCAGAAGGCAGACCUCACUCGGCAUCAAGCAAUUCACAUGGGGGAGAAACCAUUCAAAUGCCCAGAGUGUGGAAAAGGCUUUAUUCUGAAGACAGACCUCACUCGGCAUCAAGCAAUUCACACGGGGAAGAAACCAUUCAAAUGCCCAGAGUGUGGAAAAGGCUUUGUUCAGAAGUCACACCUCACUCAGCAUCAAGCAAUUCACACGGUGGAGAAACCAUUUAAAUGCCUGGAGUGUGGAAAAGGCUUUAUUCAGAAGGCAAUCCUCACUCGGCAUCAAGCAACUCACACUGGGGAGAAACCAUUCAAAUGCUUGGAGUGUGGAAAAGGUUUUAUUCUGAAGGCAGACCUCACUCGGCAUCAAGCAACUCACACUGGGGAGAAACCAUUCCAAUGCCCAGAGUGUGGGAAAGGCUUUAUUCAGAAGGUAAACCUCACUCGGCAUCAAGCAACUCACACUGGGGAGAAACCAUCAAAUACCCAGAGUGUGGAGUAG